AUGCCCUACCGUUUCGAGGUCGCUGCUCAAGGCCGUGCUGGCUGCAAAGGCUCUGAAUGUGCCAAGGAGAAGACAAAGAUCGCCAAGGGUGAAUUGCGAGUCGGCAGCUGGGUUGACGGCUCGACCUUCCAGAGCUGGUCCUGGCGCCACUGGGGCUGCUUCACCCCCAAGCAAAUUAUGAACGUCAAGAAGGCGCUCACUGAGAACAGCGAGGAUCCUGAUUUCUCUCGCAUUGAUGGCUUUGAUGAGAUGAGCAAGGAACUACAGGCCAAGAUUCGCAAGGCCAUCGAAGUGGGCCACGUCGAAGACGACGAGUGGAAGGGCGAUAUUGAAUGCAACCGCCCUGGACAAUCUCGCAUGCGUGUCAGGGCUGGUAAGGGCAAGGCCGAUGAGCCGAAGGACGAUGAUGAGCAGUCCUCUCCUGCCAAGAAGCAUGGCCUGACUGAUUCUGAGGAUGCUGCCGAGGGGCCCGCCAAGAAGAAGCAAACUCGUGCUAAGAAAGCUGACGAGGAUGAUGCUAUCUCUGAGGCCACUGUCAUUGAGGCUGAGCCCAAGGAGCCCAAGAAGCGUGGUCGUCCCGCCAAGAAGGCUGCCGAGGAGCAAGUUGCUCCUGCUGAGACCGAUGUCAAGGUCGAGCCCAAGAAGCGUGGCCGUCCUGCAAAGAAGGCUAGUCCUGAUGCCGACAACGAGGUCAAGGCCGAGCCCAAGAAGCGUGGCCGUCCCGCCAAGAGAGUUUCUGACGAAGGUGCCGAUGCUGACACUAAGCUCACCACCGAGUCCGCUGAACCCAAGAAGCAUGAUCAUGAUACUCGUGGCAAGAAGAUCAGUGCCUCUCCCGAUAUUGAGCCUAAGGAGGUGUCCACCAAGCGUGCGACUCCCAGCAAGAAAGUCUCUCCCUCUGAGACUACCGACACCGAGAAGUCCGACGAAGUUGAGCCUGCCGAAGAGGAUCAGCCAACCAAGGAGGUGACUGUGACUCGUACCACUCGUUCCACUCGUUCCAGUGCCAAGAAAGAUCUCGACAAAGAUGUUUCCCCCGUCGACAAGGAUAUCUCAUCUGCCGACAGCGAGACCGCCAUUGCCGCCGAGCCUAAGAAGCGUGCAACUCGCGCCAAGAAGGAUCCCAAGAACGAUGUUUCUCCCAACAAAGAAGUCUCCUCUACCGACAACGAGACUAGCCCUACCAACGGCAAGACCAAGAAGUCUGUCCCCCGUGCCAAGGCUGUUAGCGCAAAGACCAACGGCUCAAAGGCUACUAAGGCUACCAAGGAAGCCAAGACCAGCGAAUCCGAUGCUUCCAAGGAUAGCCAAGCCGAGGAGUUGACCGAGAAGUCCCGCACUCGCAGUGCCACCAGCAAGACCAAGGACAACAACAGCACCCCCGAGAACAAGCCCAAGGCAACUCGCGGCCGCAAGCCUGCAGCCAACAAGGCUAAGCAGGCGUCCACCGACGACGUUGCUGAAACCACCGAGAAGCCCAAGAGAGGUCGCAGGCCAGCUGCCGUGAAGGUCGCCGCUAAGCCCGCUGACCAGGCUGUUGAGGAGUCUUCCGAGGCCUCCCCUGAGACAUCUGUCAGUAUUGAGCGCACCAUCGUGAAGACCGAGGCUGCUCCCGAGAUUAGGAUUGCUUCCCCCGAAAUUUCCGAUGAGCCUAUUGUCAUCGACGCCGAGAAGCCCGCCGAGGGCGCCAUUGAGAUGCCCCUCGAGUCUCCCCUCAAGCCAAUCAAGGCUGAGGACGUUGAGAUGCCCCUUGAGUCUGAGUCUCCUCUGAAGCCAGUCAAGGCUGAGAAGACUAACGAUGACUACUGA